CCUAUUCCUCUUCACAGAUUCGCCUGAUCAAAGUGAAAUUCCUUCAAUGUCAUUUUCAGAGAGUGUUCAGAUUCAAUUUUGCAAACACAAGACUUGCAGGCGAGAGCCUUCUGGAGUGUGUGACAAUCGUAGAGCUGUACCAGUGAUUGGGAGCGUAAUCGACGCAGAAACCGUGGGUGAUGCUGACAUAAGGAUUAGCAUUGACGUCAGAAGAUGGUUAAAACCAGCACGAAAGUUGCAAAAGUCCUCAACGCUUACUUUGGUAGUAGAAGAUGCGAAAAAGGGAGACUGUUACUGUCCUAAUGUGUUCCCAUUUAACGCGAACACUUUGAUAUAUUUAAGACGCGAUAAUAAAGGGAAUAUAAAGUUGUGGAAACGGUCAUACAUUGAGCAGCUUGACGAUGACGAAGAUCAGUCACCCUACUGUUAGGCGUACAUGAAUGCGUUGCCAGUCACCCUAAUGUAGACAUUACAGAAACACAAUUAAAGAGUAGUUAAUCAUGGCUAGUUUCUUUUCAUAAAGGCUUUUUACAAUCGAGGCGAGAUUCA